AUGUUUCCUCAAGCCAAAAGCCUCCCAACCCAAGAGCUCAAAUCGGUACCCUUGGGCAAGUUCGUUCGCGAUGCCCCAAAUGUUGAAAACAAGUUUCAAGCGAAGACCUCUACUAGGGAAAAGGACAAGGAGAAAACUUAUCGGAUUCAAACUAUUGGAGAGGUUUACGCUCUACAGAAACGCGAGGGUAAAGAGUUGCCCACAUUCAGGGGAAUCAAGGAAAGUCGAUCCAGGAAUAGUCUGGCUAAACGUUUAACUUUGCGAAAGAUCAAUGAACCCCUCCUCAUGGGUACAGGUUACGCCUCUUACAAGAGCAGAAGUUCCGCCAGGAGUAAAGGGUGGCAGUGGGGUUGGAGUAACGACUUUGCACAUGGAUAUAAAGACUCCAGUGAGGACGACGCUUAUGCUACCUGGUUUCCCGAAAGAGAUCACGACGAUCCGAUCCAAGCGGAAUGCGGACUUAUGAAUUCGACGAUGGCUUCAGCAAGGGCCUCUGCUCAACUUCGUCCACCUGAUUUGAGAAAUGGGCAGUCGUUGCCAACAAGAAACGCCCUACCUCACCAAUGGAACCAGACAGCCAGAGAAUAUUCUCAUAUCCACAGAACCCACCCAGCACUCCUUGAAAGUGAGUUGGAAGCUCCACCAGCGCCUCCCGCUGACGCUGCUACCCUUCAUAGUGAGAUGUAUCCAUCUCUUUAUGGAGGAUACGGCUUUCCUUACGAAGGCCCGUUCUAUAAUCCGAUUGUGGCACCUCCUCCAUUUCCUUAUCUAGUGGCACCUCCUUAUCCAAUCGGGCCAAUAUUUCCUAUCGCGUUUCCGUACCCUGUGCCAUUCCCCGUCGAGGUCAAAAGCUCCACGCCUCCCGGACCUGCCCCAGACUCAGACGGACAGCAAUUGCAGAUGGCAACUAACGGGAACACUUUACCCGAGGCUAACGGGAAGCUGAACGGGCCUCAGUAUCUUGACCCCGAAGCAAUCCCGUGGAUGCCGGGAAGCACUCCAUUUACAUCGAACAUGCCUAUUUCAGUUAUCAAAAAGGCACGCUCACCGGACUUUUACCUCCUGCAGGGCUUGGAAUACGUUUCCUUGAGAGAGAGCGAAGAAAAGAAACGAGAGAAGUCCGAAAGCGAUCCACCAAAGAGAGUCGAGAGCAACGCCUUCAAUGGGUGUAGAGAAAUCUCGGCAGCUGAAUAUGCGGGGCUUCUGGUGCACAACAUGACGGAAGAAACGAACCCACUCUUGACAAAGUACUUGAACCCCAGAAAAAAUCGUCUUCACGAAACGCGACGCUAUGUCAGCAUGCCGGAUGGCUGGGGCUCGCAGGGGAAGCGGCCCGAGGAGAUAGGGAACCGCCGUCAGUCGUGGAGUCAUCCGGGGUGCUUGGUGACUGAUUCCCUGGAC